CUGCAGCAUACUUCUUGAACCCGCAGUUUCAUUAUAGUCCCAAUUUUCAACCCGAUGGUGAGGUUAAAAUUGGGUUGUACAAAUGUCUUGAAAGAAUGGUUCCUAAUGCUAAUGAGAGGGUGAAGAUAGAUUUGCAAAUUGAUGCAUUCAAGAGUGCAAGAGGACUCUUUGGCAUACAAAAUGCAAUCAUGACUAGAAAAAAGAAAUCUCUAGGUGUUUUUUAUUUUUACUAGAAGUUGAUUUGUAUCAUUUUUAACAUCUUAUUAUUUGUUUUCAUUUCAUCAAUUUUAAAUUUAUAACUAAACUUUCAUGUAGCUAACUGGUGGGACUCUUUUGGUGAUGAAUUCCCUGAGUUGAAGAGGUUUGCAAUUAGGAUAUUAAGUUUACCAUGUAGUUCAUCGGGGUGUGAGGGCAAUUGGAGUGCUUUUGAGAUGGUACAUUCAAAGCGGAUGAAUCGUUUGCACCAAAAGAGAAUGAAUGACUUGGUGUUUGUUAUGUACAAUUUGAAAUUGAGACAACGACACAUGAAUAGACAAGCAAUCGUGAAUCCAUUAUGUUUGGAUGAUGUCCCAUCAGAUGAUGAAUGGAUAACAGAGAGAGAGACUCUGACUCUUCCAAGAGAAAGAAAUUGGUUAAGUGUGCUUGAUAGGAAUGCUCGACAUGGAUGCGAUUCUGAUGAAGACAAAGUGGAGGCCCUUGCAAGGAAUUUGGAACAAGCUUGUCAUGAUCAUAUUGGUGGAGAACAUGAUGAAGUUCAUGAAGUGAUGAUGAUGCUAUGGAUCAAAACAUGGAUGCUCGAAGGGAUUUUGAUCAUGACUUUGAAAAUGCUACUAUUGGUGAAGACAUUGAGGAGUUGGAUGGCACCGUGGGUGGUGAUGAUGAUGAUGAUGAUGCAGCAAUGAUUAAUGUUGAUUGUGGCAAUAAUGAUGAUAAUUUUGGCGACCAUGAUGACUUUAUUUAGUCUUUUAUUUGUUCUUCCUUUAUUUAGUUUGGCUUGUUUUCAUUAAGAAACAAUGACAAUGGUGUGCAAGGGUUGGUAUUUGUAUUUAUUAUGUUUUCGACUUCUUUUUUUGGAAAAAUAUGUUUGAAUGGUACCUUGAAUUAUUUUUCU